AUGUCUGCUAAAGAGUACUAUUCACAAUCUGAAACAAAAGAGACCUACAACCGUCCUAACAUUCCUCCCCCUGGUCAUGGGAAGACCGCUGGAGCACCAAAUGGUCAGUAUGUGGAAACUCAAAAUGAAAGAGGCUUUUUCAGCGGAAACCAACAACAACCGCAAUAUUACCAACAACAACAAUACCAACAACAACAAUAUCCCCCACAACAAUACCCACAGUACUACCAACAGGGUCCUCCUCAGCACCAGCAGCAGCCUAUCUAUGUGCAGCAACAACCCCCAAAGAGUGGUAAUCAAGACUGUCUGACCGCUUGUUUGGCUGCUAUGUGUAUCUGCUGUACUUUGGACAUGCUGUUCUGA